AGCCGGCGUCUGGCGGGUCUGUGGGGGGGAGGAGGCACGGACGUCGACGCGGCUGCCUUGGAAGGAGCCUGUGGGGCUCCUCGGCCCGCGCCGCCGUGAGGGGCAAAGGCCUCCCUCCCCCGGCCAGGCCCCAACGGCCGGGACAGCGCGCGACGCGGGUUGCCGUGGCGACGAGGCAAGCCCGUUCCCUCCGCCGUUCCUCCCCUCCCGCCAGCUGCCCCCGUCCCUCCCACCGCCCAGCCAGCCGCAAACAUGGCAGCGGCCACUCGGAAGCUCCGCGCUGCGGUGGUGGCUCUGGCGGCCGCAAGGGAAGGUCACAGGAAUAAAUAAGACAGGGACACCGCCAACCCACUUCUCCUCCCCUUUCCUUUCCCUCCCCCUCCUUUUCUCCACCUUGCCAUCCCCUGAGAAUGUGGAAACUCAACAAGGGCAGCAAAGUUCUCUUGGAUGAUUCUCCAGAGGAGGAAGAGAGCCAUUUGCACGAUUCACCGCCUCCACCUUCACCAGCAGCCACCUUCUCAGCCCAGGUUCAAGGUGCAGGUUUUCGAGGCUGGAAAGAAGUUACCUCUAUAUUCAAUAAGGAUGAUGAACAGCAGUUGCUAACAGGGUGUAAAUCUCCAAAAUCUAAAGGAGCAAGUUUAAAAUUAAAAGAAGAUACGAAGUCAGAAAAGAAAGCUAGUUUUUGGGAUAAUUUGGUGAUCAAACAGAACAUCCAGUCGAGAAAACCAGAUGAAAUUGAAGGAUGGGAGCCUCCACAGAUUGCUGCCAGUGACCACCUCAGUGAUCCAGGAAGUACUUUAAGUGACUAUUCAUCUUGGUCAGGCUGGGAAGAUGAAACCAAAGGCUCCACAAAAUACACUAACUUGGCGAGCUCAGCAAAUAGUUCAAGGUGGAGUAUCAAAUCUGCAGGAAGGCUGGUUAGUAUUAGGCGACAGAGCAAAGGUAAUCUGACUGAUAACUGGGAAGAACUAGAAUGAUGCACAGAAUGUGUAAUGUUCCAUAAAUUUAUGAUAGGUGACAUGAUUCAUGUACCUCUUCAAACCAAAAUUGAAUCUGCUUAACGUUGCACCUUUUUACAGACCGAUUUUAUUGAAAUUGUCCAGCAGCUUGUUCACCAUAUUGUAAAUGUCCUGGUACUUUGGUUUUCCACAUUGAACAAAGCACCUGAUUUGUGCCUAUAUUUCACUCAGUCAUACUGGAUAGUAUCUUAGUUUGUUCUUUUUUUAAAAAAAUAGUGAAUGUAUACAUUGGUCAAAUAGUCAACUGCCUUACAUAAGGACUUCAUUAGUCUGAAGUUCUGGAUUUCAUAAUGUUUGGAUAUCAUAAAUUUGUACUUUGAAUGCUGUUCAGUGCUCUGUUGAAUGCUUUGAAUGCUAUUCUUAUUAUGUAUCAGUGCUAAUUUGCAUCUUAUCAUAGCAAAGUUUCAGCAUCAUACAUUGUUUUUCUUAUCCAUGAAAGGAGGAGUCUCAGGCUAGAACACCAGAAAUAGUGUGUUUUCCGAAGUACUGUACAUGAAUGUGUGAAAACCUUACACUCACUUGCUUCUUAUAUUCUGUUACAAAGUGUUCAGAGAUAAGUAAAACCAGGCUUUCACAUAUUACAUUGAUUGAUCUGUAGAACAGCUUUGUCAUAGACUGUCAACACAGCUGAGGUGGCAAUAAAAGUCCUGUUCAUCCAUUCUCUAGGUGUUGUAGAAACCAACCAAAAUAGCUUCCACGUGGUGUAACUUCACAUUGCAGCAGUAACAGAAACAAGGCUCAUUUGCAUGGGUCACGUAGAUCAUAUGAGUGCCUCCCUGGCCAGCACUAUGUCUUUACAGGGUCUUUGCAUGUGUUAAUACUGCACUGUGCAUCCUGAUUACAUGGUAGUUAGUUUUAAGCAGCUGCUGUAUUGUUUGGGUAAGUAUCAGGCCUGAGCUUCAGAAAAUAGUCUAUACAGAAACCUCAUUCCUCAGUUUAGAGGCAUGUUGUUUGUCAACCUUUGUCCUCAUUCCUCUUCAGCUUAGAUUCUUACCUGAUGAUGCUCUCUUGGUGCAUUUUCAGGGUGACCUAGGUUAAUGUUCAGUCUGUACUGUGCACAAGGAUUAUUUUUAAUCUGUGUGUAUGCUAUCAUUGAGAGGUUUAGUCUUACUGGUUGCUGCUAACUUUCUUUUUAUUACUAAAAUGAGCUAUGCAUUAAAGUACAUAUGAGAGAUUCGAAAUAUAAUGUAAGGUAAACUUUGUGUUGUUCUAAUUGAACAUUUUCACAUGCUCAUUUUAUUUAAAAUUGUCCAAGUUAUAUGAUGUUAGUGACAAAGGGGCACUGUAAAGCAGUGUGCCUACCACUGUGACAGCAAAUAAAAAAAGGAUCCCGGUGACAUGAUUUCUCAGUCAGCUUAAGGAAGAACAGUAUUGUAGACAUGCAUGUCAUUUUUACUUCAGUCACAGGCAACCUGUUUUAAAAAGUAACGUAAGAUCAUCUUUGUUGCGCAGGAAGUCAAAUGUUGCAUGGAUGGAAUAACCAAGCAUCUGUACUUUCACUUUUCAUCAUUUGGCCACAUGUGCAAACUUUCCUCAAGGUUCAGAGAGCUAACUGGCUAGAACCAUUUUGCUACACAGUGUUCUGUCUUUUCUGAAAUAGAGCCAACGCUGACACCACUGCACAUCAAAAAACUGGGAGAAAGCAACAAGUUGCCAGAGUCAUAGUGGGAGUAGAGGUCAGGAACUAGGGAUAAGUUACUGACUCAUAUGGCUGUUACCACUACUGAUUUGAACUAAGGGGGGAAAUGCUAAAAGUGCCUUGUUCUAGACUGAUCUAUCCUGUAACUGCUCAGAGUUAGACUUUACAGGUACUUCCUUGCUGUUUCUUAUGUACUCUUGUUGACCUCUUAAAAUUCCAAAAAAUGAAUGUUUAAAUGAAAGAUUUUUAAAAUCUUUGACUUCCCUAAACUGAAACAGAGCUGGAAUCUUUGCUUGAUGCUGAUGCUGAGCUUAUAUACCGCUGGUCAUGUAAUAAACUUAUUCAGCAAUAUGAAAGAAAAAUCAAGAUCUACUUCCAACAAUGAACAUGAAAUGAAUGAUUUUGUAACUAUGCAUCAAUUUUGUAGAUGUUUUGACAAUUUAAUAACCCAGUUCAUAGAAUACAAUAUUAAUGCAAGGAAGAGGAAGAGAUCAGUACAUCAGUAUGUUCCUCUCCUCCACAGGUGCACACAGCUUUGCAACCUCCUUCAGCAAUGUACAUGCUCUCCCAGGUCUUGGGACAUCAUGUCAUCCUUCCUCUUGUCUCCUCUAUUGCUGACACUGCCCAUUUUAGGAUACAGUGGUGUUAAAACCAUUUUGCAGAUCACAGGAUUAUGACACUUGUCUAGAACCACCAGAGAAUAUUUGUGCAACAUGUGCGCUAUCCUUCUUCAUGCAUUUUGAAGAAUAGAUUACAUCAAAUAUAGAACAGUCAAGUUAUAACAAGAACAUGUUUGGUGUGGCAAAACUCAAGCCAUUUGCUGGGUUAAUGUGAUUUUUGAAGUAACAUUCAUAACUAUACCUGUAAUGAAAAACAUACAUUUUCUUUAGGCAAUUUUAAAAAAAAAUGAAAUUGCAAUCCAUGGAGUUCAGUGGGAGAGUUAAAUAUCCACAUAUCACUCUCAAUGAAAUUACCAAUUACUUUUGGUUAUGUUAGGCCCUGAUUCUGCUGCUGCUGCUGCUGUGAAUGUAACAGCAGAAAAUAGCCAUUUUCCUUGUGCAAAGAUUCUUCUAGUUUACAGUGUAUGGAAGGCCUUCAUGCAACAUGAACAACAGUGUUGGCAGUGAGCCCUGCCAGAGAAGGAAAACCCAUGAGAUACAAGAGGAACAGGGGCUGGAGCUUUUGGAAGCUCAUAUAUGCAGUGACAAGUAAAGGGUAUGCCUUGCACCUUAUACUUCCAAGUGCCUGUGUUCCACCUUGGUGAUGUAUUUGUUAUGCACAACUUAAUUCAAUGUGAAAUUAAUGUUCACACAUUCGUGUUAUGUUUUGAUAGCCAAUGAAGAAUAGCGACAAAGAUGAAUUUUAUUGCAGGACAAAAACAAAUACUAUAUAUAAAUCCUGUGUGUUAGCUUAAGGUGCUGUAGCUUAGGGAAAUGACUUGUACUGCAGAAUGGGACCCUUGUGCCUCAGAAGCAGUGCUAAUUUCACAGAAAACGACAAUACCCUGUUUUACUGUCAGUCACAUGACAGACAGACCUUUGCCUCCACAAGUCCUGUGGACCUAACCCUGGCCUUUCUACAUCCACAAUACAUCCACAACACAUAAUGGCCCAGAACAAGAAAUAGUUCUCCACAGGGCUCAGUGAACUGAAUAGAAGCCAGAUAUGGCACAGGACCUCUGCCAUAGCAUUGGUGUGAAUGGAUGCCCUCUCACACCACACUCCUUUCUGUGAGUUCUGUGUACUCUUCAGCAAUAGUCUCAGAUCUCAAGUAGGAAUUUGAGAUAUACAAAGAAAGGCCUGGGUUUUUUUAAAGCUAUAGAAAGGGUUUUUUUAAAAGAUGGGAUGCUAUCCAACCAAAGCCAAACACCGUCACACAGCAUUGAUUUCUGUGAGAGAAAGCUAAGCGUACAAUGAACUCUCCCACUGAAAUUAAUGGAACUUAGAUGUCCUUGGCUACAGCAAGACCAUGUUUUCCCUAAAGUGGAAUAGUUUGAUUUUAAAGGCAGUAAUUAUAUUUGAAAUAAUUUAUUGUUGUUGUUUGGUAGAAUAAUUUGUUUGAAAUGAGAGUCUUUUCUUGUGUGGUGUUUUUUUUUGUUGGUAAUUUUUAAAAAAUUCUGCCUAUUUUUAAAAAAGUAUCACUACCUAGAUAUAUAUGGGACUUCUCAUGAAUGGUAUAUGCAUUUCCUUGUUUGUGUUGUAAUUGUUUGAUUUGUAUGUCCACUGGUUUUAAAGAAGAUUCUAAGAUUGCACAUAUGUGAUGAUUCCAAUGUUUUUGUCUUUUCACUGCACAUAUGCAUAAUUCUUGGCUUGAACUCAAUGAUGGUAAAAUGCUUUAUGUGACUAACUAGUCACAAUGCUCACUUGGUUCCUCUUCUCUGGUAUUUUGUUAGCAGCACUUCAAAUAUAUAGCGUUUUCACACUGGAAUAAAAAUUAUUAGUUGAA